AUGCGGCUCUUACCACGAGGCUACUCUGUCUUGGCAACAGGAAGUAGGGGACUGACGCGUGAAGCUGGAACACACUCAUUAAUGGGAUUGGGUAGAUCCUCUGCCUUGUGUCGCUCAAGAUUAUACUCUGGGUAUAUAAAGCCACCUUCAAAGGAAUAUAAUGUAGUAUCUACCUCAUCAGCUCUAACGAGACUGGGCCAGCGCCCAAACGCACGUAUCGGAACCCCUCAAGCUCUCCUUGCACAAACCCAGACUCGAUCUUUCAAAAGGGCAAACUAUAUCGAGAAAAUUGGCGACAAUGAGAAGGCUGAAGAGAUACUGGAGUCGCUUCAUGACCAGGCUCAUCCCCAAAGCAAAAGGGCCGAGAGCCUCAACACGGGUAAGCCAGAAGCUAAAUAUACCUCUAUCUUAGUCCACCCGCAACAACCACUCUCAUACCUGGAACGACUCAUUCAGUCCGAACUUCCACCAAUAGAAGGCGCGAAGGGACAACUCCGUCCACCAGCCGUAUCUUUCAUAGCCUUGCAGCACGAAGACAACUCCAUCAAGCCCAAAAAGCGCAUUGAAGAUGACGUGGAACCAGACAACAAAGAUGAGGGUGCGAAAAAAGAGUAUUCCGGCAAAGCAGUCGAAAAGCGCCGCCGCUCGCGAGAAGAGGACUCAGAAACGUACAGCUACCCCCGAAAAACCGAUACCAGUCUAGAUCCUCUAAACGGUGAAGCAGAGCGAUUCGUCCGCUGGUCGCAAGCUACUGAGGUGGGAGAUUUCAUUCGAGACGCAGCACGAGCGCGCGAGUUCAUAGUCUCCAUCGAAGGAUCACCGGCCGGACUUGGCCAGAUCCGCAUCACCGUGCCGUCAUUUCUUGAACGAACGUACUUCCUCCGCAUGCGGCUGCGGAAGAUCUCGCGGCAUAUUCAAGCCCUAGCAGAUAUCAAACAUGAGUGCGAUGAGCUCGCACAUCGCGGCGCACAGCGUGUUGCCGUCGGUGGCUUUGGAGUUCUCUCAGUUUGGUGGGGCACUGUCUACAUGUUGACCUUUCAAACAGAGCUCGGUUGGGAUACUAUGGAGCCGGUGACUUACCUGGUCAGUCUUUCUGCGGUGAUGGGUGGUUAUCUGUGGUUUUUAUAUCACAACCGUGAGAUAUCGUACAAGUCUGCAUUAGAGUUCACAGUCAGCACUCGACAGAAGAAACUUUAUGAGCAGCAUAAUGUUGAUUUGCAACUCUGGGAGAAUUUGAUUGACGAGGGAAAGUCUCUUCGGAGGGAGAUCAAGAGUAUUGCUGCGGAGUAUGAUGCUGAAUGGAAUGAACGGGCUGAUGAGCAGGAUGAGCGGGUUACAGAGGCAUUGAAGUCAAAUAAGGACAAGAAGAAGGAGAAAGACGACGAAAAAGACAAAGAUGAAGAGGAAGAAGAAGAUUGA